GAGAGAAAGAGAGAGAGAGACAUCGAGAGAAAAUCCCUGUCUAGGCAUGGACCUCCGGCUGCAGCAGUCGGCAGCUCGCGAGGAAUGACAACAGCUCACAUGGUCAUUAACUCCAGUCGCUGAGCCUGAAGGGAGAGCCGCGCUGUAGAGCUCAGUGUCACAGAAGCGCCGGGUGCUUUCUAUGAUCGGGACAGCAGAGGAGACAGCGGGACACGAGUGAAACGAGAUCACAGUCAGAAAGUGCCUUGUGAGACCGCAUCCCUACUUGAAGAUCCCUGGGGCUCCUCUUCAGAGAUUCUUUCCCCCUCUGCAGUCGUGACGGGACGCAGAUCAGCGUGCUCGGUGUGAGGAGGAAGGAAUCGUACACAACAAAACCACAAACCCUCUUCACCCCCUGACUGUCCGACCUUGACUGACAUCAUCACUCAAACGUCGGACAUAUCGGGGACUCGGAUCCAAGUAUGCUCCCUCUGCUCCGUCAGAGGUCCGAACCUGAGGUGUACUGAUUGAUGAACAAUUAGCUCCUCUGACUGACAGAGUCCACAGCAGCUGUGCAGUCCCAUGCUCCGCUCGGAGACACUUUGUCAGUCCAUUACCUCCACGAGGACGCCCCUCAUCCGUUGACCUGACGCCGCUUCAUGUCCCUUCACUUUUAGUUGUUGUGCGUUUUAUUUUUUUAACUGGGACACUCUAAAAAAAGGCCUCCCCCUCCAGAGGAUCGCCUCCUCCUUCAACCAAGUGGCUCCACUCCACCCCAGCUGCCGACAUGGCUCUGAACAUCGCCUCGAUACGGGACACGAAAUGGCUGACCCUGGAAGUGUGCCGGCAGUUUCAGAGAGGGACUUGUUCACGCAGCGACGAGGAAUGCAAAUUUGCUCACCCGCCCAAGAGCUGCCAGGUGGAUAACGGGAGGGUGAUCGCCUGCUUCGACUCGUUAAAGGGCCGCUGCACGCGAGAGAACUGCAAAUACCUCCACCCGCCCGCUCACCUCAAGACCCAGCUGGAGAUCAACGGGAGAAACAACCUGAUCCAGCAGAAGACAGCGGCCGCCAUGUUGGCUCAACAGAUGCAGUUCAUGAUCCCAGGCACCACCAUGCAACCUGUGCAGACGUUUCCGGUCAGCCAGGGCCUGGGCUCCACCGCAGGUCUGAGCUACACACCUUACCUGACUCCCAUGUCCCACAGCAUGGGCCUGGUGCCCACAGACAUCCUGCCCAGCACGCCCGUCAUCGUCCCCGGCAGCCCGCCUGUGUCCGUGACUGGCUCCUCCUCCAACCAGAAACUGCUCCGCACGGACAAACUGGAGGUGUGCCGCGAGUUCCAGCGGGGCAACUGCGCGCGCGGCGAGACCGACUGCCGCUUCGCCCACCCGAGCGACAGCCCCAUGAUCGACACCAGUGACAACACAGUCACCGUCUGCAUGGACUACAUCAAGAGCCGCUGCUCCCGCGAGAAGUGCAAGUACUUCCACCCGCCCGCCCACCUGCAGGCCAAGAUCAAGGCCGCCCAACACCAGGCCAACCAGACGGCUGUGGCCGCGCAAGCCGCCGCCACAGCUGCAGCCAUGACUCAGUCGACUGCCAAAGCAAUGAAGCGACCCCUCGAGGCAACUGUAGACCUGGCAUUCCCCCACGGCGUCCUCCAGCCCCUACCAAAGAGACCAGCACUCGAGAAGAGCAACGGAGCCAGCUCCCUGUUCAACCCCAGUGUUUUGCACUACCAGCAGGCGCUGGCCAACGCACAGCUCCAGCAGCCCGCUUUCUUUCCCACAGGGUCAGUCUUGUGCAUGACUCCUGCUAGCAGUCUUGUCCCAAUGAUGUACAGUGCUACGCCUGCUACUGUCUCUGCAGCAACAACUCCUGCCACAAGUGUCCCCUACGCAGCAACAGCACCAGCCAAUCAGAUCAUCCUGAAGUAAGUGUCAGGAAGGGAACAGUGUGUCACGAAGCUGCACUAGGAAACCCAAAACAGUCCCUGUGUAAAUACUACCUGACCUCUUCCAUUGAGGUCCAGCAACCUGCAUGCUAAGAGUGUAACACUUCAAUUUAACCAUAAGAACUGCAGUGCCGGUGAAACACACACACACACACACACACACACAGAAAAAAGAUAUAUACUAUAUGUAUUGCUAGAAAAACUAUUAACAUGAAAAAGUCAAAAAUAUUCUUAUGUAUAGGACGACAUACAUAGCGAACACACUAUAGAGGUCAUUUUAACAACCCAAAGUACCGUGAAUCCCCUCUUUCAUAUUUAUUCUGCUGCACAAUGUUCAUCCUUUGGUUUAGAAACACGACGCCUGAUCGGCACUGUAUUAAAAUAUAGUGCUCAAGUGGACAAACAGGAAGUCACAGAAACACCCGUGCACAACCACACUCGGCGCUCACAGGAACCUUUUUGUCUUGCAUUUUUUUGCUUCUCUCUCUACAAAAGUUGAAUGUCCUUGGGGCAGACAGGCUCAUGUUUUCUUAAUGUGACUCGCCCCUGAGAGGGGAGGGUACCUCCGUGACCCUCAUCUGCCCCUGAUGCUGUUAAGAUGCCAUGAUGAAGCUUUUCCUCCCCCUCCUCUCUCCGGAAACACCUUGCCAAAGCUCGGAAGAGGUCGGUGGGAUCAACCCGCCAGAAAAAAAAACAAAAAACGCCACAUGUCGACGCCCUGAUACAUUUUUUCCUCCUUUGCCAUCGCGAAAGCUGCUCAGAACGAACCCUUUAUUUGUUCUACUGAAGAUUGUGCACGGAUUUUGCAUGUAGUCUGGUCUGGGGGAGAAAGUGCCCGGAUAGUCAUUACCAGAAAAAAGCCUAAAGGCUCAAGUCUGUGCCAAGGGCUUCUUAAAGCUUGAGGUUUCGUUCCAGACAUACCAAGCCUUGUGUGUGUGCGUGCAUGUGUUCGUAUCUGGAGACUGAUGGUCUGCCGGCAGACUGGGACUUGAAGCGAGGUCCAGCAGGUGACGACAACACCAGAGGAGGGUUUUUGGGGGGGGGGGGUCUGGGUCUGGGGUAAGGGACUUAAGUGCUAAGACUUAUUAAAAUGAAAAAUAUAAAAAAAACGGUGCAUUUGACGACGUUCGUCAAGCAAAAGAUGACUUGAACUUCGACUGGAGGGCUAUCUGUGACCGUCGGUUGUCCUGUCCAACCCUACUAUCACCGAUAAUCCUGUUCCAUUUUAGAAAAAACUGUAGAAGUGCCUAAAAAAUGCUCAUCGACAACACACACACACAUCCGCUUAAAAGCCGCCGACUCGGCACACAGGUUGUCGGAAGCCGCGUGGACUUUUUCGGGGACAUCACAGAAACAUUACUCUUCGUUUUAAAACAUCACAAGUGACUUUAUCCUAAAAGAAGUUAAAGAAACGACAAAUCAAAAAUAGCUUUGUAGAAUGUUUGGUGACUUUCACGGUGUACCAUCGUUUCUUACCACGGGGUUUUUGAGUAGUUUACAUGAGGAACGUGAGUGAGAAAAAACAAUGUAUUGUAAAACUGUGUAAUGUAUGUGAAGUGUCUCUUAUUUUGAGAGUUUAUAUUCACGGUUCUAGAAAUGUAUUCAAAGUUAUUUAAAAAUUUGUGUUGUGUCUAUUAUCAAGGUAUGUUUGAACCCCCCUCCACCACAUCCGCCACCUCCACCUCCACCUCCACCCGAACAAUCAUCACCGCCAAGAUCCGAAUUUGGACUCCUCUGUUUCCUGACUUUAGCGUGUUAACUCAUGAGACUAAAUCUUACUUUACAACACUUCUGAUGUAUUUUCAUGGUGCUUGAUUAACAUGACAAUCCACAAUCAUACCUUCAAAACGAGACUCUGGUUUCACCCACCCUGAUCGUCUGCACACGUUAUGAUUUGUUUGUUAAUAUUCGUGGACGGUGGUAAAGUUCUAUUUUGUUGUAAUUUAUCUUAUGUUACUCUUGGUCAAAUUUUAGUCAAAAACAAUGUUGUUAACUAUUCUAUUUUGAAAUGAAUGUAAUUUAUUGAGCUGUGCUACAUUCUGCACGGUUGGUCAUUUCAAGGUCUAACCUGUCAGGUCAGCGAAUGAGAAGUCGCACACGUCUCUAGGCGGGGGGCGGGGCUUAAAAGUCAACCCGCCGACCAUCGGAAAGCUACUGGAUCUCUUGCCUUCUCAUGGAUAAAACGAUCACGGCGUUGCAGUAAUGAGCAUAGUUAUAGAGUUGCUUGUGUUGUUGGGACAAAAUGUUUAUUGUAUAGAUGACAUUUUACCAAAAAAAGAGAAGAAAAUUCAAAAAAGAUGUACUUUUCACUCUAGUAUGAUAGUAUUUCAUAACAAUAUUAAGUUGUUGCUGUGGCAGCCAAAUGUUGCGAUUACUAAAGUUGGGUAUUUUUGUAAA